UUGACUGUAAACAUCCUGUCGAUUUUAAAAGGACUGCGCUGAGCGGGAGGAAGGCGAGUGGCGCCAUCUUGGCUUUUUUAAUGAGUACAACAGGGAAGAGAACAUUGGCAGGAAUAACGUAAUCAUUGGAAUUUUCGUCUCAAAGUUGGAACGCGGGCAACCCUAAGAAAGAAGAAGUGCGAGUGUGAGCCAGGGGAACCAGGGCAAUGUUCUACGCCCACUUUGUCCUCAGUAAACGUGGGCCGCUGGCCAAGAUCUGGCUAGCGGCCCACUGGGACAAGAAGCUGACCAAAGCUCAUGUCUUUGAAUGCAACUUGGAGAGCAGUGUGGAAAGCAUCAUCUCACCCAAGGUAAAGAUGGCGCUGCGUACAUCUGGUCACCUGCUUCUUGGAGUGGUCAGAAUCUACCACAGGAAGGCCAAGUACCUGCUUGCAGACUGUAAUGAGGCCUUCAUCAAGAUCAAAAUGGCCUUUAGGCCAGGUGUAGUGGAUCUCCCUGAGGAAAACAGAGAAGCAGCUUACAAUGCCAUUACUUUACCGGAGGAGUUCCAUGACUUUGAUCAGCCACUCCCUGAUCUGGAUGACAUAGAUGUUGCUCAGCAGUUCACCCUCAACCAGAGCAGAGUAGAAGAGAUCACUAUGAGGGAGGAUGUUGGUAACCUUAGUCUCCUGCAGGACAAUGACUUUGCUGACUUUGGCAUGGACGACAGGGAAAUGAUGCGUGAUGCCAGCACGUUUGAGGACGAUAUCAUGCGAGGUGCCACAGCUUCUAACCUGUUGUUGGAAGCUGAGCCUGGUCCAGCCAAUUUGCCAGACAAGUCCAACCACAUGGAAUAUGACGACUUUGGAGAUGGCUCCAUUGACAACAAUGACGGGGGCAUGUUGGUUGAUAAGCUGCUUAGUUCUGAAGACGGGGGUGGUAUUUUUGACGAUCCUCCGGCUAUCACAGAAAGUGUCAUGAUGCCUCCAGAUCAUGGAGACGAUGAAGAUGACUUUGACAACCUUCAAUCUCCUGGUCCAGACAGUCCAGACUCUGGCCCAGCAGAGCCUCUGCCAGCAAUGGCUGAUCAGACAGAACAGACUACUCUGGUUCACAAUGAGGAAGAGGCCUUUGCCCUGGAGCCCAUCGACAUCACUGUAAAAGAGACCAAGGCAAAGCGCAAGAGGAAGCUGAUUGUAGACAGUGUGAAGGAGCUGGACAGUAAGACCAUCAGGGCUCAGCUGUCGGACUACUCGGACAUUGUCACCACCCUGGAUCUUGCACCUCCCACUAAGAAGCUAAUGAUGUGGAAAGAGACCGGAGGAGUGGAAAAGCUCUUUUCUCUCCCUGCCCAACCCCUGUGGAACGCCAGACUCCUCAAGAUGUUCACGCGCUGCCUGACGCCUCUGGUGCCAGACGAGCUGAGAAAGAGGAGAAAGGGAGGAGAAGCAGACAGUCUGGAUGAGUUCCUGAAAGAGCUGGAGAACCCAGAGGUACCUCGAGAGGAGGUCAUGACUCAGCACAGAGAUGUUAUUGACCAAACUAUCAUGGAAGAGCCCAGUAUGCUGGCAGCCUCAGCUAUGGAGGGCAGCAGAACGACCCUAGAUGAGACUGUCAUGCCCCCUCCCUCUACCCCCCGCGGUGUGAAACGCAAGACCAUUGACAAAGAGGCUCCACUACCUAUGGCUACAUUGGAGCAGCAGCCACAGACACAGAUGGCUGAUCGCUCCAUCUUGUCUCAGAGGUUAGACAUGCCUCAGGUGGAUCUUCCUCCAGAGGAGAGCAGCGUCAACCUCACACAGCUGGUACCUGAGCUGGACUUGAUCGGUGAGAAGAGCAAAGACAAGAAGGACGAGAGCGAUGAAGAAGAGGAUGAGGAUGGUCAGGCUGGAGACCAGGAUCAGGAGGAGAAGAGAUGGAACAAGAGGACCCAGCAGAUGCUCCACGGUCUUCAGCGUGUCAUGGCAAAGACUGGUGCAGACUCCGUCGGCCUGCUUGAUUUGUGUCGGAACAACAACAGGAAGCAGGCAGCAGCCAAGUUUUACAGUUUCUUGGUCCUUAAGAAGCAGCAAGCCAUCGAGGUCACCCAGUCGCAGCCUUACAGUGACAUCAUCGCCACCGCUGGGCCAAGAUUCCACCUUAUAUAGAUGUUGAAAGAACACUCUGCUUACAUACAGAUACUUUUUUAAAAUUUACUUAAGUUUUUUGCCUUUUAUUUGUGUUUAUCUCUUAGCUCAUUUUGUUUCUGGGAAGAGGGCAAGACUAGGGAAGGCGUCUGAAAUUUUUCAAAAAGAAAAAAAACAUUACUGUACUAGAGAUGUAAUCAUGCAGUGUUCAUUCCAGUCAAACAGAAUGAAGAGUGGUAAACAAUUAUAUUUAUAAAGAAUUGUCAGAUUUGCAACCAUGUUUUAGUUUUAUCCCCAUCAUCCACUCAUUCUUAAGUGUAAUACUAUUGCCCAGCACAGACUUGAAAUAUUUCAGAUUUUAAAGACUCCUUUAUGUUCACUGAAUUCCCUUUUUAACAUGUUCUGGAAAGGUACUGUUUAUUAGUUAUAAGUGUAACCUCAUCCACCCUUCCCUUGUUGCACUUGUUCUUAUGUAAACUAAAAGGCUCAUCUGUCACAUCACAGUCAGUGAACUCACCCUGCAUCAAAUAUCACGUUUGAGAUGUGUAAUUAAGGUAGUUCAACUUGAAAAAGUUCUCUUUUUGUACCUUUUUAUGCGUAUUCACCUUUAUGCAUUAUGUAAUUAGGUAAUGUAUUUGUUACAGCUUUGUUCAAUACCCCAACUUUUUAGUCUUCUGGUAACUUCUUGUUGUAAUCUGUAAAGAUUUCAAAUAAACAGUUUUAAGUACUUGG